GGGGUCCAGGGAAGGGAGCGGGCUGACCAUGGCCGAGACCGCGCCUGCUCAGGCUCCACAGUGGGACGUGGGCGCGCCUUUCCGGGGCCUCCAGCCGGACGUCCCCUUCCAGGCCUCGGAGUUUUCCCUGUGGCCCGUGGUGGCGGCCAUGCAGGCGGUGGAGAGGACCAUCUGUUCCCAUGCCAGCCGGCUAAUGACCCUGGAGGGCCGGACGGGGGCCGUGGAGAAGAAGUUAAUCGACUGUGAGAAGACGGCGGUGGAGUUUGGGAACCAGCUGGACAGCAAGUGGGCCACGCUGGAGACGGUGCUCCAGGAGUACGGGCUGCUCCAGAGGAGGCUGGAGAACAUGGAGAACCUGCUGAGAAACCGCAACUUCUGGAUCCUCCGGCUCCCGCCGGGCUGCCGAGGAGAAGUCCCCAAGGUACCUGUGACAUUUGACGACGUGGCUGUAUAUUUCUCAGAGAAGGAGUGGGGGAACCUGGACAAGUGGCAGAAAGAGCUUUACAAGCACGUGAUGACAGGCAACUAUGAGAUGCUUGUCUCCUUGGACUAUGCUCUUUCCAAACCUGAAUUUUUGACCCGAAUUGAACAAGGGGAAGAACCAUGUGUUCAGAAUCAGUUGGACUCAGAAGAGGCAGAAGUAGCAGCAAGCCCUGAUCCUGGGACAGGGCCUCCAAUUUCUACUAAUGAUGUGCAACCAUGUGUUAAGCAAGAAGAGCAAGGACCCAGGGAUCAGGAAGACAGAGAGGGAAGUGUCCCUGUUGCAGACCUGAACAAAGAGGCUCAUUGGGCCAUGAGUACAGUGAAGGACACCAUGGAGAGUCUAAUGCUCCUAGAGCCACUGUCCAGAGGAAUCACAGAAGGACUUCUCCCUGCCUCAGGUUUCAGCUCAGGCCCUGACACCCCAAACGGCUUCCAGCAGCAACAGCCCCUGCUUCCAAGCCCAGGCCCAGGGCAGGCCCCACAGCCAGGCCCUGUGCUGCCUCAGAUGGCCACCUGGUGGACCUCCCCAGCCAGAGAGCAACCGCAUACCUGUGCUGAAUGCGGUAAGAGCUUCCGGCUGAGAGAGAACUUGAUGAAGCAUCAGAGGAGCCACAGGCAGGAGCCCAUGGAGACACAGAGGAGCAGUGGGCAGCAGGGCCCCAGAGCAGCUGUGCCGUGGGAGCCCCCAGGAGACAGGUCUUUCCCUGGCACCUCCCCGGCCAAGAACUCCCGACAGAGGGCACCUCUCCUGUCCCGUACACGACUGCAUGCCUGUGCUGAGCGGGGAAAGCGAUGCUCGGGGAGGCGAGGCCUGGGCAGACACCCACAGGGCCACCCCCCACCGCAGCCCUACCAGUGCCCCGAGUGUGACAAAAGUUUUGUGUGUUACUCCUGGCUCAAACGGCACCGUACCCUGCACACAGGGGAGCGCCCCUUCCAGUGUCCUGAGUGUGAGAAGUGCUAUAGCCGGAAGGAGUACCUGCUGAACCACCAACGGUUGCACACAGGGGAAAAGCCCUUCCAUUGCGCUCAGUGUGGCCACAGCUUUAUGUUGAAGAGGAGUUUCAUCAGACACCAACAGAGGCACACCAGGAAAAUGGAGAAGCCUCCAGGAUGCCCACCAGACUUCCUGGGCCAUCUGUCAAGUCUGACCAGGGAGAGUUCCACAUGGAGCCCCCCGGGCCAGAAUGGCUGGUUGGGGCUACCUGUUUCAAGGCCCCAGGUGGAGGAAUUGCUCUACCCGUGGGCAGGGGCCAGGGACCACGAUCCUCCACCAGCACAGAACAGCCAAAGAACAGCUCUGUGCCCUUUGUGGACUUCCCAGGGCUCCAAGUCCAGCCCCGAAACUGCAUUUCCAAUGGUGAAGACAGAGAUGUGGUUAUAGAUGGACUAAGGCCAACAAGAAUCGUGUGUAGAGAAUGGGGCAGGUAGGUGGCAUAGAGGGAGACCUGAGUUCAAAUCCUGCCUCAGACACAUAGAAGCUGUGUGGCUCUGGGCAAGUCACUGAAUCUCUCUCAGCCUCAGUUUCCUCAAAGCACGAUACCAAUUUCAGCUGUCCUCACCUGGGCUGAGAAUUGUGGAGGAUGGUGAGUAUAUUUGCUCUAUUUGGUUUCCUUUUUCAUUUUCUGGGCUGUAGCUUAAUGGAAUGACAAAAGGCAAUAAACACCCUUUGGGGCCUGUUUCUUCAACUGUAAAA